AUGGGCCAUUGGGAUGGCAAAGCGAAAGAAAUUACUGUUAUGACAGAAGCAUCAAUGCGUCCUGCUGUGCAAUAUCGAUAUGAAUGUCACCAAUAUGGUGGUGCAGAGGCCCUUGGUCACACUUCUCGUGACCACUACAAUUUUGUGAAUAGGCUAAAGAUGAAGGCAAUUGAAGGAGGUGAUGCACAAGUUGUCAUCGAUAAGCUUAGCCAAAGGGCUGCUCAUGAGGAUGACUUUUUUAUAGGGUUAAAUUGGAUAGCAUGGGUAGGUUGUGUAAUGUGUUGGCGCGAUUCUAUGAUGAAGGAUGAUUAUGAAUUGUAUGAAGAUUUACUGUUUUUGAUACCACUUAUCGUACAAAUAGAAUUGGGGUAUGUAGGUGUUCCUAACACGAGGCGAGGCUAUGCCAGUGGCAUCUUUAUCAGAAUGCAGUUAGUCAUUUGGACUUUGAAGAGUGAUGACACAUUUUCCGAUGCUUUUAAGAAUUGUCUUCGUGGUUGUUAUGAUAGCGUUGAGUUUGAGGCAAGUUGGGAUUAUAUGAUGAAGAAGUAUGGCCUAGAAGGAGACAAGUGGUUUGCUCGUUUGUAUCAGUUGAAGGAUAAGUGGUCCACAGCAUUGAGUAAGGACUUCUUCUCAGCUGGAAUUUUGUCUUCCCAACGUAGUGAAAGUACUAAUAAUGCUAUAGGCUUUCAAGCUUCCAAGACAACAAGCUUGUAG